AGACAGAGGGAGCAGGGCAGGCUCUCAGCAUGGGGGGUGGUGUCUGAACAGAGGAGUCCUCGCCCCCUCCUCCAACCUGGGGCGGGGCUGAGCAUCCAGCUAUAAACCCAGGGGGUGCGUCCUGGUCCUCAGAAGCGUCAGCCGCCCUCUACAGCAUCAGUGGACCCAGCCUUAGGUCACGCCACAAUGUCGGACACGGAAGAACAAGAUUACGAGGAGGAGCAGGCAGAAGAUGAGGAGGCGGUGGAGGAGGAAGCCCCCGAGGAGCCGGAGCCGGUGGCAGAGCGAGAAGAGCGCCCCAAACCCAGCCGGCCCGUGGUGCCUCCUUUGAUCCCCCCAAAGAUUCCAGAGGGCGAGCGCGUGGACUUUGAUGACAUCCACCGGAAGCGCAUGGAAAAAGACUUACUGGAGCUGCAGACUCUGAUUGACGUGCAUUUCGAGCAGCGGAAAAAGGAGGAGGAGGAACUUAUUGCGCUGAAAGAUCGCAUCGAGAGGCGUCGCGCAGAGAGAGCUGAGCAGCAGCGAUUCAGAACCGAAAAGGAGCGAGAGCGGCAGGCCAAGCUGGCGGAAGAGAAGAUGCGGAAGGAGGAGGAGGAAGCCAAGAAGCGGGCAGAGGAUGAUGCCAAGAAGAAGAAGGUCCUGUCCAACAUGGGGGCUCAUUUUGGGGGCUACCUGGUCAAGGUGAGUCUAGCCUGGGGAAGCCUGGGGUCUGCGUCUACAAGGAGGAGGAGGAGGGAAGGGAAGCUUCAGCGUGCUGGUUCUGAGGAGCAGGACUGAGCCUGUUCAGGGGUAGCGGUCACUUUAGAUAACACGUGGCCAUCUGCUGAAUGUCUCUAUCCCCUUCCGUUCACAAAGCCUU